CGCAGCGCGGCCGCGACGGCCCCGCCAUGAGCCGGAGGUAGCGGCGGCGGCGCUUUCCGCAGCCGCCGCCGCCCGCGUCGCCGCGGCGGCGGCCGGGCCCGCGAUGCCGAACCAGAAGGGCGGCAAGGGCAAGAAGAACAAGCGCGCCAACAGCAGCGGCGACGAGCAGGAGAACGGGGCGGCGGCGGGCGGUGGAGCCGCGGCGGCAGCAGGCAGCGGUGGCACGGCUGGCGGCGGAGCUGGAGCGGCGGCGGCGGGCGGCGGCAGCGGGGCGGGCGGCGGAGCGGGCGGCCCGGCGGCCGCAGGCGGCGCGGCGCCCGGAGACGUCAAGACCGAAGCUCCCUGUGCUACUCCACUGAUCUGUAGCUUUGGAAGGCCGGUGGACCUGGAGAAGGAUGACUACCAGAAGGUUAUAUGCAACAACGAGCAUUGUCCAUACAGCACCUGGAUGCACCUUCAGUGCUUCUAUGAGUGGGAAAGCAGUAUCCUUGUCCAGUUCAAUUGCAUUGGCAGAGCCAGGAGCUGGAAUGAAAAGCAGUGUCGCCAAAACAUGUGGACAAAGAAGGGCUAUGACCUAGCUUUUCGCUUUUGCUCCUGUCGGUGUGGGCAGGGUCAUUUAAAGAAGGACACUGACUGGUACCAAGUGAAGCGAAUGCAGGAUGAUAAGAAGAAAAAGUCCGUGUUGGAGAAGAAUAUGGGAAGGUCAAUGGCGGAGUCAGCAGAGGAGGCCAAAAAGGGCAGGCCAGCCAACAAGCCGCAGAAAGGCUUGAGUAAUGACAUCCAGCGAAGGCACUCGAUGGACCGGCAGAACUCCCAGGAGAAGGGUGUCAUGAGCGGCAGCUACGCCAUCCGUUCACCUUGUGUCUCUCCUGGCCAGUCCCCACCCACUGGCUACUCUAUUCUUGCCCCCACACAUUUCAGCGUCCCUCGUUCCUCCCGAUACCUAGGAGAGUUUCUGAAGAAUGCCAUUCACCUGGAGCCCCAUAAGAAGAACAUGGCCGGUGGGGGCAUGUUCAGGAACACGCAUUUUGAUUAUGGGGCAGCUGGCUUGCAAGCACAUAGGUCAGGACACUUCGAUGCCCCUGUGCAGUUUCUGAGAAGGCUCGAUCUGUCUGAGCUGCUUACUCACAUCCCCAGGCAUAAAUUGAAUACCUUUCAUGUGCGGAUGGAAGAUGAUGCCCAGGUGGGCCAAGGGGAGGACCUUCGGAAGUUCAUCCUUGCUGCUCUUAGUGCCAGCCACAGGAACGUUGUAAACUGUGCUCUAUGCCACAGGGCGCUGCCAGUGUUUGAACAGUUUCCGCUGGUGGACGGGACCCUGUUCCUUAGCCCAUCGAGACAUGAUGAGAUUGAAUAUGAUGUUCCCUGUCACCUUCAAGGAAGGCUUAUGCACCUUUAUGCUGUUUGCGUAGACUGCUUAGAAGGGGUUCACAAAAUUAUCUGCAUUAAGUGCAAGUCUCGAUGGGAUGGAAGCUGGCAUCAGCUGGGAACUAUGUAUACCUACGAUAUUCUGGCAGCAUCUCCCUGUUGUCAGGCUCGACUGAACUGUAAGCACUGUGGGAAGCCAGUAAUAGACGUACGGAUUGGCAUGCAGUAUUUCUCUGAAUACAGCAACGUCCAGCAGUGUCCCCACUGUGGAAAUCUAGACUACCACUUCGUGAAGCCAUUUUCUUCAUUUAAAGUUUUGGAGGCUUAUUGACGAAAGCUUUGCUUUAGUGAUAGCUAUUUUAUGGGUAUUUCAACUUUAUUACAUAUCUUUUUAUAGGAUUCAUUCUGUGAUGAAAUUUAAUUUUUUUUCUAACUGAAAGAGCAGCUUCUUUGUGUACAUAUUAAUAUGUAUAUAUACAUGUUGUUAAAACCAGAAUCCUCCUGACAAGAUCUCUGUGAAGGUUGGAGGCAAGCCAAUUUAAUGGCCUUUGAAUAUAUCCUGAGUGGGGGGUAAAGUUCAGCUAAAAAUGAUUUGGGUUUAUUUUUUUGUAUAAUUGUAAUACAGUUUAUAGAAAGGGUAUGGGGAGACAUACAGGACAGAGAAAUAUGUCCUGUUGGAAAGUGGGUAAUUGUGUAGGGGCUGUUGUCCCUCCAGCUUGGUGGAAAUGGGAAAUCCCUGGAAAGAAACCAUCCUGUUACUGUUGAAUUCCUUCAGCCUUUUCAUCGGUUCCCACGGGCACAGGAGCUGGCCCUGUGCUGCCAGUUGCCUGAGCAGGCUUGCUUUCAGAUUUCCUGAGAUGGAGUAAACUAAGGUAUCGUGACAAGUGAAUGUAAAUGUAUGCCAGAAAAUGCAAUAUUGAAAUGAAUUAUUUUUUUGGCAUAGUGUCUUCCUGCUGUAUGCAUUUGGUGUGUGUUGCCUUCACUGAUGGACCGUAGGGCAAUAGUGCUGCUUCCACUGGGGCUGUCAUUGUGUCCAGCCAGCUCAUCUGUCCAUACCAAAACAAGCUGGAGGUCUUAAAAUGCUUUAUUUAAAGGUGUUUCUUCACAGCCAUUUUUUGGGGGGAACAGGCUGAGCCGAAUGGGGAUGUGUUUGUAUGUGUCUGCUGGGGCUGGGGCUUUGCUGCCUACUGCAGACUGCUGUGGCUGGUGUGGAAGGACCAUGAAGCAGGAUCUGGGCUGUCAGACCCGCAAGAGCUGAGAGGUACUGAAUACAAAAUACAGCAUCGCUUUUUAUAACAAUUAGUUUCUGCACCUUUGUCUUCCAAAAUGGCAUUAAGUCCAGGAUGUAAAAACUCGGAGACUAUGCAGACUUGGCAUAUUACUGUCUAUAUGCCUGUGUGCUGUAUGAAAUAGACUAUGCAUUAGUCAGUGAAUUUGUAUCAGAGGGCUUGGCUCUGUAGACUCUGCGGUUGUUGUAGACUGCAGUUGUUGUUUCUUGGUUCCCAUUUCUUCCUUCCUUAAAUAAAAUUUUUAAAAUAGGUCAUCAAUCUUUUGCUUGGUUUCUCGAGGCUAUUGAGAUUUACAGGAGAGUUGGGGUUUUUUUUGCUUUUCUCCGUAGUGUGUUUAUGGAGCGUUUGUCCACUUGAGAGGUGUGGGGUUUGUUUCUAUUUACAAGGUAGGAUUUUUUGUUCCUUCUGAAGUUAUUUUGUUUUUUUCCAAAUACAAAUCUUUUAAAAGAGUGUAUCUGUUGAAAUCAUGAUCCUGAAAAUGGCCCUAAUACUCUGCCAACCCUGGGAAAGAAAACAAAAAAGUCAGAUGCCAAACAAGUGCUUCAUAUGCUGGUCUGAGAAUUAUGUUUUCUGCUAAGUUAAGAAAUUGAUGUGCUUAUAAAACUAGAACUGAAUAUCCAUGUUUCUUUGUGCAUAAAAAUGCCAAGUUCACAGUUUUAUUUCCUGGAGUCUUCACUGCAGAAUUAGCUCCUUCUAGUGUUAGCCACUCUUCUAGUAAUACUCAAGCUGCACAGAGGGCUUAUGUUAGUACAGAUGACUUACUGCUAACUUGAGUGGUAAUGUCCUUAGAAGCCAGCCAGCAGAUGUUAAUGGUAUUCUCGUCUGGACUGUCUGUCUUGUACAGUUACACAGCCUAGUUAGCUGUGCAGUCAGAUUUCCCAUAUGGAGAACAACCAUAAUUUGAAUUAACUGCUUGAGGAGGAUGAGCCCUUUAGCUUUGGUGCAUUGAGCAACCUGAUGGAGUUAGGGUGGCUAAUAAGGUUUGGAGUCGUGUUGCCUGGCAGUACCAUGAGAACCAGACCAAAUGGACAAUGGGUAGACUGUUCGAGCAGUCUGAAAUCACACAGCAAAGACAGCUUCUGUAAUGAGAAAAACUAAAGGAUACAUCUGUUACUGUAGUGUUUGUUCUUGAGUGCCAGUCACUCAUGCUGUGAGUCUAGGGUGUUAAUUCCCACAUGGGCUACAUGGUGCUCUGUAUCCACUUUUUAUGCACUUGAAGAGGGGAGGUGCCAUGGUACAAUGCACGCAGUAGGGGAGAUGUGGCAUCUGGAGUCUUUCUAAAUACUUGUUUAUUUGGUUUCCUUAGAGUAGCUUAAUUUAUCAUUCUGUUUUUUAAGUACUUAGAUGCCUCUCCAGACGUGUGUGUGACAAUCGAGAAUGAGUAGACAUGGAAAAAAGGAAUUUGGCUAGCUUUAAAAACACAAUUGUGUGCAAGGUUGCACAGGAUAUUCAGGUCAAAGCAAAGAACGCAGCAGAGUGAGAAAAUGGGAAGGGGUAAGCAUAUUUAAAGUCUUAACAGUGACAAGGACUUAUGUACAAAUUCAUCCAAGAAAACCAUUUGGUUCUCCAUCAGCUUUUCCUUUUAAUUCUGCUGUUCACUGAAUCUUGUCUACCACUGGAGGAAAUGCCUGUUUUCUUCCAAAACACAUCUCUCCACUGGAGGCUAGCAGCACUCAUAGCACUGUAAAAAUUAUCCUCGAUGGAAACCAGCUGAGCUAUGGAAAGAUUCCUCUGAGCUUUCACUCUAAAGUAAAUUGUAGAGAAUGCUUUCCCUGCUUUUUGCUGGUACUGAAAACUGGUCUUCGGUUACUGCAAAAUGCAGUAUUUUCCAUAACAUGCAUCAGAUGUCAGUGAAGCAGUCAGGCCCACCCUUUGGCCAUGAGAGCUUCAGCUGGGCUUUGCAUAAGUGGAAAGGCAAAGGUAACUUUUUUGGGACCUAAUAGCUACUUCUGAGUUUAAACUAGACUGCAGUUGAUUUGCUUUCUGCCUUGAUGAGCACUGGAAGUUGUCAUGAUCUUUUAAAUGUGUCAAAAGGGAAAUGAUUUCCCUGGCUCCUUGCUUAGCUUAUUUGGCUAAAGUUUAUUCUUCAUUACCUUUCAUUUUUCUGAUACUGUGUAGGUUUUUUUAAUCUGGCCUGUGAUCAGAUUAAAUUGCGCCUGAAAUACGGUUUGUAAAAGAGAAUACAGUCCUCUGGAUUUGGAGGUUCAUUCUACUCUUCAUUAGUGCACGAUGCUCCUUGAGAUAGUAAUAGGAGUUGCAUGUGCAAAUGCUUUUCUUUCCAGUAGUUAACUGUUUUCCAUAGGAGAGGCUUGCAUUUAGAUAGACUUCAUGUUUUGGAUGUAUAAAAAUGAAUUAAUCCAUCAGUGGGGUGUUUAAAAUUAAAUUUUGGUAACCAUAACUAACAUGAUGGACAUCUUUCACAUGCUCAUGUGUAAUUUGACAUCUACCAAACUGAACAGCCUGAAAUUCUUGUUCUGCCUAAUGCUGCAGAGUCAUUAGAACUACAGUAUUCUAUAGCUAGCCCAUAGACUAUCCUAUAGUCUAUUUCCAUUGACAUCUCCAGUAGUAAGCAUUGUAUUCCUUAUGAAUUUAGUUGGGAAAACAGGGACUAUUCCUACAAGGGAGGCAUCUAGUCCAGUUUCUUUUCUCUUUUUCUCCUUUUUUUUUUUUUUUUCCUUUUUUUCUUUGUUCUUUCCCAUGUACUCUUCAUUUUGCUGUACUAGGUAACUGAGAACAAACAUGUUGUAAGGUCACUGGUGAGAAAACCCCUCACAAAUAUACUUGUCCAUAAAGGUUUCUUGUUGAGACAUUCUUUGCACUUUUGCAGGUGGGAGAAUAUGUACAUAGCAAAUGAAUGUUGAUGAAAUUAAAAUAAUUGGUUAUUAUAUCAUUUGCGUGUGUUGUUAGAGAAUAUUUUGUUGUGACUUCUCUGUAUUAAAAAGUAAUAAAUACCAGACAGCUAA